UAUAUAGUCACUUAUGAUGGAGCAUGAUAAUGUGAGAAAAAGAAAUGUUUCUGUGUAUGUCUGACUGGAUCACCUUGCUGUAAAGUAGAAAAUUGAAUUUAAAAAAAAAAUGAUACAAAGUGGAGAGAAGGCUGGAAGAGAGGAAUGAGGGCCAGGUUCAGGGCUCAGAUGCCCUCCUAACCGUAGUACACCUGCCCCUUGCCCCGAGGUCACAGGACUGCCCUAAGGGCCCAGAGCCCACUCUGCUAACUCCUUGGGGCGAAUGCCCCUCGGAGCAAAGAUAGCCGUUUACACGGGGAGCUACUUCCCUGCCCCUUGGAACUUCUGCAAGCAGGGGAGAGGCUCCGCGCGGGGGCGGGGCCGCCGGAAGUUCCGCCCCCACGGAAGUGCACCCCGCCCUCUCGGUGGGAAACCGGGUCUGGCGUCGUCCUAGGCCCGCUGCAAGGGAGAAAGCGCGGAGCCCAGGCUCCUGCGACGUGAGGGAGGUGGAGAACCCUGGUCUCCGAAGAAGGGGCCUGAGAGACAACCUAUGCUCUUCCAGAGGAGUUCUCCCAACUCUUUAGAUGAAAUAUAAGGAAAAAAUGCAGACAAGCAUGGAAAGUGAGGACACAAAGAAAAUACAAGAAAUGAAGACUGAUCUGAACUUAUUAUUGGAGUGCCUGAAGUAUCAAAUGGACAAUGCUUUUUCACAAAAGGAAGCUUUGGUCACUAUUCAUUCAAUUUGCCAACAAAACAGUAAUGCGGGUGUUUAUUUUCGGGAAAUUGGUGGUUUGACGUUUGUAAAAAAUCUUGCAAAGUCAAGUGAACAUAGUAUGGUAAAAGAAGCGGCCUUAUAUAUAUUAGGAGCUGUUGCAGAACAAAAUGUUUACUGUCAGCAGACUUUGUGCACAUCAGAAUUGUUUGAAGACCUAACUUGGUUCUUAUCUAACAGUGAUUCAAACACAAAUUUGAAAAGAAUGUCUGUCUAUGUUAUUUUGGUUCUAGUUUCGAAUAAUAGGACUGGACAGACACUUGUGAGAGAAACAGGUUGUAUUUCAGUUCUAUCACAGUUGUUCAAGACAGUUCUUUCAAAAUAUGAGUUGAAUUUGUCAGAUAAAAAUAUUUUCCAGAAUUAUCAGUUGUGGUCUUCAGUGUGCAGUACUCUGUGUGUCUGUGUCAACAAUCCUCAAAAUGAUGAAAAUCAAAUGCUUUGCUGUUCACUUUUUCCACAUGCUAAUGACUGGCUAAUAAACUGCCUGAAACCUGAGAUAAUUCGCCCUAUUUGCUCAUUUAUUGGACUCACUCUUGCAAACAACACAUAUGUUCAGAAAUACUUUAUGUCUGUGGGUGGACUGGAUGUAUUGUCUCAAGUUCUUGUUCAGCUGGAGUCUGAUUCACACAAGACCAUUUCCAGUGCUAAGCUUGCAGUGGUGGUGACAAAGACUAUGGAUGCAUGUAUUGCUGAUAAUCCUACUUUGGGGGUAGUACUAUCCAAGUACCACAUUGUUUCAAAACUUCUGGCACUACUGCUUCAUGAAAGUCUGGAUGCAGGAGAAAAGUUUAGCAUCAUGCUUACUCUUGGUCAUUGUACAGAGGAUUGUGAGGAAAAUCAGUAUGACCUUUUUAAAAACAAUGGGCUUCCACUCAUGAUACAAGCUUUGACUGAAUCUCAGAAUGAGGAACUAAACAAAGCUGCCACUUUUGUGCUUCACAACUGCAAAAAAAUUACUGAGAAAUUAUCUCUAAGUCUAGGAGAAUAUUCUUUUGAUGAAGAUAAAGAACAAUUAAAGAACAUAAAUAUGAAGGAGAAGAAUCUUGAAGAUUACUGGAAGAAAGCAAAGGAAAUUCUACACAGAAUAGACCAACUUGAAAGAGAAGGAGAUGAGGAAAAAAUGCAAAGAGAAAAAUAUAAGGAUAAUGUUUCAUCUAUGAACAUAAAUAUUCAAAAUACAUUGAAAGACCUCCAUGCAGAUAGAAGUGGUGGCGGUCCCAAAGCAGAAGAUAAGGAUAAAAGCCAGUCUAGAAAGCUUCAGGGUUAUAAGUGCCAUGAAGUCAUGUCUAAAGCAUGUACAAAUGAUGAUCAAAUGAAGACCCUAUUAAAGAGUGCAAAUCCUGUUAAUGCUUGUUAUAGGGAGAGUGGGCAAAAUAAGACCUUAUGUAAAGCUAUUUCAAGCUGCAAUCAAAAUUCCCAUGAAGGACCAACUUCUGAAAAAAAGAAUUUUGUUUCUCAAUCCAGUGACCAUAUUUUUAAACAUCCAAUUCCUACUGCCAAGAACACAAAACAGCAGUUACCAGUUACAGAUCCAUUUAUGCUAUGUUCAGAUAUAAUAAAUAAAGAAGUCAUCAGUUUUCUAGAGACAGAUAAUUGUUCCAAAAAGUUGAAGUACAGAUGUUCAGGUUGUAUAGCAAUAGGAAAAUCCCUGAAUAGCCGAAAUUUUAGCAAGGUCUUGCACUCUUGCCCAUACCAAUGUGAUCGUCACAAAGUCAUUGUGGAGGCUGAAGACAGAUAUAAAAGUGAACUAAGGAAAUCACUUAUCUGUAACAAAAAAAUCCUGCUGACCCCACGUAGACGACGGCAACUCACUAAUGAAUCUUCUACCCCUGGAGGAAUAAAAAAAAGAAGAGCUCGUAAAAAUUUUACAGAAGAAGAAGUAAAUUACCUUUUCAGUGGAGUUAAGAAAAUGGGAAAUCACUGGAAUUUAAUUUUGUGGUCUUUCCCCUUUCAGCAAGGACGGAAAGCUGUGGACCUUGCUCACAAAUACCACAAGCUGACCAAAUGCCCCAAGUAUGCUGCUCCUUGAUUGGAAGAAGACUUGUCUGUUUUUAGUUUGAAUACUGUAUAUACUUAAAACACAAUGUGUCGAAAAUAUAAAAUGUAAAAUAUUCUUCUAAGAUCUCAUGAGACAUGAAAUUUGGCAAUGGGGAUACUGUUUUAAUUACUUUUUGUGAUGCUGUAGCUCAUCAAACAAUUAAAACAUACAUUUUCAGUGUGUAGAUUAGUAGGACACAAUUCCUUUAUGAGAUCAAAUUUUUAUUUAGAAAUAUGAUUUUACUUUACUAAGCUCAAAGAAUAUAAGUCAGAGAAAAAAAUAAUCAGCCUUUAGGCAUUUUUUGACAUCACAUUGCAAUGAAUUCUAUGUGAAACACUUGUAUUUUCGUAUUCCUACCCAGUGGAAAGUCUCUCCCUGGAACUUAGAUAGAUAGACUCCCAAGAUGUUCAAGUGAGGUUCCCACACACUAAGUCAGUGUUUGACAGUUUGUUAAUUAAAAUGUUUCUUCUUGUAAAAGCUAAUUAUGCAGUUACUUUGAAUACUCCCAAAUUAUACGGUCAGGUUCACUUCUU